CCUAGUGAAGCGGGUGUUUUGAAGGCCCGCUGGCGACCUGGCGGCGGGAAGACGAGCAGCACUCAUCGCUGAGGCGGAAACGCUGCCUUGCCUGGCCGCGUCUUCUCACAUUGAUUGGUUCGUCCGAUCUCACUCUGCGCUCCUCGUCAUCACGCCGACACCACAGACGAUCUCAGGCUAGACCAGAGUCGUGUGUCAGCCCCACUUGCCUUUUUGCCUUGGUUCCUCACGAUCCUUGUCGAUACACAGCUACGCCAUCGCCCUCAUCACCACCAUCAUCAUCGCCGACGUUGACAUCGAGAUCAAGAUCGCCUUGCUGAUAGCAACUGCGGGUCAGUUGUAGUCGUACUAGAGUCGUCGUAACAUUGCGCCAUCACACGUACAUCGACCACCGAAGUAAUUCUACUACUCCACUCCUCCUCCAUCCACUCUCCACACGGCCAAGAUGUCGGCUCUCGCCUCAUCAUCACGCAUCGCGCCCCUCACAUCAGUGAUACCCAGUGGCGGCCACGCUCACGGUAGCGAGUCGCCCAAGGACUCGUACUACUCGCGCAUGGGCAGCCGUAGCGGCAGCCUCAGUCGCGCCUCGUCCAUCUCCUCAACAUCUUCCUCGCGUCGAGGCUCAGCAAGCUCAGCCGCCCCCGUGGUACGCAAUGGGUUUGUCAUCCCUUCGAUCACCCUGACACCUCCCGACGAAAAGCCCGCUCGCUCGCCCUCUCUCCCUUGGCAAGACUACACCUCCAAGUCGACCCUCUACGUCCCUGUCAAGACGGAGGAUAUCGGAUGGGAAGAAGGAGGCCUAUGGUGGCAUGGUCACUAUGAGUAUCGCGAGGUGCAGAUCUACGGUGGGGAGGAUGAUCGCGUCGUUGGCAAAUACAGGGGCGGGCCAGAGGGGUAUGGUUACAUGGAGGUGUGGGAUCAAGAAGGAUACGGGCGCGGUCAGGCCAAGAAGAUGGAAGAACCGGCCCCGCAAAAGAGCAGCGCCAAGACUACCAGUAGUAGCAACAGUGGGGCUAGCAGCUCCGCAACAGCUAGGAGGAGAUCAUCUGGUGCCUCUUCUACUUCGAGCUCAUCGUCCUACCGCCGACGCGACUCGACCGACUCUUUGGCCACCGAUGGAGGUGACAGCACGACAUCCUCUCGCCGUACAUCAGACUCGACGGUGGACACGGCCUGCACCACUCCAUGCGACACGCCUGCGCGUAGCAUGAGCUUCAGCGACUCCAAGGCGGCAGUCCCUACCACUACCGUAGUCGAGGAGCCAGCCGCCUUCGACAAGCAGCUCGAGUCGGCUCUAUGGGCGCUACGCGAGGAGAAGGCCAAGAGGGAGGAUGACGAGACGGAAAGUGUCAGUGGCCCAGCCACCGUCACUACUUCCACGCCCACCACCGCCACCAGCACUUCGUCCUCUCUCACACCAGGCAAGAGUCUCCACCUCAGCGACGAGGGGCCAAGCGCGACGCAUCGCUGGCCAAAGGGACGCGGUGUGGCCAAGCUGGCAGAGACGCCUUCCACUGCAGCGCAACGGCUGACGGCGAGCACUAGGAUGAGCAGCGCUUUGCCCCCGCCUCAAUCGAUACUGCCUCAAUAGGGCCUUACAAGGCUCUCACUCAACAUACACGAGAUCAUAGCGACUCCCGUUCAAGGUUCAAGUCUCGAAGUCUCUCAGACCACACAGUGCCUCGGUCCCCCUCUUUUUGCUCCACCAAAUCUGUAUCAUUAGCGCCUCUCACUACCACUUCGACUUCCAACCCCAACAUGUCAUUGUCGCCGUAGACCUCGGCCUCGACGCCAACACCUUCUAAUCUUCACACCUACCGAAUCAUAUAAACGAUCGAUUCGAUCCAUAGACCUACUCUCCUCUUUGACCAAUCACGAUACACAUCCUUCA